GUUACGUCAUGUACAUGUACGUGCCGGUUUCUGUGGAAAGGUCAUGUUAUGUCAAACUCAACAUGCACUUAGUUGCUCUACAUUCGGCGCUUUGUGAAAUCAUAAAUAAUAUUGUUAUUGAUAACUUGUGGUACAGCUACUUUAGAAUGCAGACGUGAUGUGUUCGGCUACAUGUUUAAAUCUCAGGCCCUUAAACAGAUCGCUAAGGAACUUUUGUCGUAGCAGGCAUGUAUAUGCGGGUAUCAACAUACUCUAUAAACAUCAAAGAAUUUUUAUCCAGGAGAGAUGUUUAUGCAGGCCCCAUUUACUACCCAAAAUACAAGAAGUACCAUCGAGAUCUUUCUUGUCAUUUCUUGAUAAAAGUAAAGAAUAUUCAGAAAGAAGAAUUGUUGGGUAUUCCAUGGAGGAGAUGUAUGAAGUAGUCAGUAAUGUAGAAAACUACAAAGCUUUUGUACCAUGGUGCACUCAUUCAGUUAUAAGGUCUGGAAAAGCUGGCCACUUCAAAGCAGACUUAGAGGUUGGAUUUCCACCGCUUGUUGAGAGAUACACCUCAACAGUAACUGUAGUUAAACCUCAUCUAGUUAAAUCUGUCUGUACCGAUGGGAAACUGUUUAAUCAUCUGUCAACAACUUGGAGGUUUGGACCGGGAAUCCCAUACAAGCCACAUACAUGCACCAUAGAUUUCUCUGUAUCCUUUGAGUUCCGUUCUGUUCUCCACUCCAACCUUUCAACGCUUUUCUUUGACGAAGUCGUAAAGAAAAUGGUGAAGGCAUUUGAGAAACGGGCGGAGAAGGUAUAUGGACGACAGACGGUCAUAGCAAGAUCUGAUCAUAUACGAUACACAUCGUCAUGACAACAGUAAAGAUUAGCAACUUCUAGAAAAUGUUGGAAUUCUUAUACUUAUGGAAGUUUUUGUGCUUUUUGCUUUUGUUUAUAAUCAUAAACUUCCACUGAUACAAGGCCUGAGUGAAGAUGGUAAAGGACCGUAAAUCACAGAUCUUUGGUUUAUUGUGCAUGUGGUUUGAUGAAUUUUAACAUACAUGUUAACCUCAUCUCGAUAAACGCAUUUAUGAUAUCAUUCUCAUUCUGGUGGGCCAAGCAAAUGCGCUUCACAUGGUACAAGUGGAAAACUAAAAUCUGCACAUUAUUUUGUUUUGUGUGCAUUUUACAGGCAGAUUUGUAAUCAAGUCAGCAUUGGCGUAACUAGGGUUAAACUUCUGGAGAGCACCUGGGGGUGCUUACAUUUUUGGGGGGGGGGGGUGGGGUGGGAGUGGUGGAGUGGGGGUACUGAAGGAAAGUGGGCCCCUGAGUUAUGCCACUGCUAGUCAGUCACUUCUGGUCACACUUGUAAAUUCAAUUGUGAAUCGACUGGUGAUUGACUUGCAUUGACUUAAUUAUUACUCUGUUUAUUAGAGGUACAUUUUAAUAUAUAGAUUUCAAAAGUAUUUAUGUGAUCGCAGGCUGAUGACAGGAAUCACUAUUUGUAUACAAUGCUUGGACUGCUUCCAACAGAUGAAUACCUUCUUUGUUGAAAUGUGAUUAGAACUUGUUCAGCACAACACUGAGGGCAAAGUAAGGACACUUGCUGAAUAUCUGAAAUUUGAUAUUUUAAUAUUUACAGUGUAAUUCUAAAAUAUGUGUAAUGAGUUACAUGCUAAUUACAAGUUACUUGUGAAUUUAAGGUGACAUAUUAAACCCUUUAACGACCAUGAGAUAGAUGGGAUACUUUUUAUUUCAAGCCGUUUUCCAUGAUUUUAUUUAUAUUAGUAUUUAUGUUUAUUUUUAACCAAAUGUCAGGGCUGUAUACGUGCACAUGUACAUACACAUACAUUGUGCAAUGUUGAAGCCCAAAAUCUUCCACAAUUGACCAGCGUACUUAAAAAGUUUGCUACCUCCAUCAACAAUCAAAACUUGCCCAACACUGGAUUUUGUCAAACUUGGCAUAACUCAUAAUAUGUGUUGA